AUGGAAGCGAACGGGAAUGCAGCGAACAUUGUAAUUAAAUAUGAAAAUACGGCGCUACGCGAUGAAGAGAUGGGCGGAGCUGAUAUCAAAUGGCAGAAGGAUGCCGCCGACCAGAAUUUCGAUUACAUGUUCAAGCUGCUUAUCAUUGGAAACAGUUCCGUUGGUAAAACUAGUUUCCUAUUCCGUUACGCGGACGAUUCCUUUACGUCGGCCUUCGUGUCUACUGUUGGCAUUGACUUCAAGGUGAAGACGGUCUUCCGCCACGACAAACGUGUUAAACUUCAGAUAUGGGACACUGCAGGGCAGGAACGCUACCGUACGAUCACAACCGCCUAUUAUCGAGGGGCAAUGGGCUUUAUCUUAAUGUACGACAUAACUAACGAGGAAAGCUUUAACAGCGUUCAAGAUUGGGUAACUCAAAUAAAAACUUAUUCUUGGGACAAUGCACAAGUGAUUCUGGUUGGAAAUAAAUGUGACAUGGAAGAGGAGCGCGUGGUGAGUGCAGAGCGUGGGAAGCAACUUGCUGAGCAACUAGGAGUUGAGUUUUAUGAGACAAGUGCUAAAGAAAACAUUAAUGUCAAGACGGUGUUCGAGCGCUUGGUCGACAUAAUAUGUGACAAGAUGUCCGAAAGCCUCGACUCCGAGCCGGCGAUGCUUGCUGGCGGCGCACGUGGUCAACGCCUCACGGAGCAGCCACAAAGCAACACCAACCCCAACUGCAACUGU